AUGAGUUCCUCCUCUUCAUCAACCAACUUCAACCCCCUUGCGGGCAACAAAAAGUCCGAGGAGGAGCAGCAACGGCAGACAUACACCGAAUGGGCCAAGGAGACAUACAACGGCCAAUACGAGAAAUGGAUGCCCUGGAUGGAGGACCAAUAUCUCAAGUGGUUCGGAAAGGGUGACAACAAGGCUUCCUACGCCACAAAGGGAGACAUCCAUUUUGCCGAGAACUCUGCGAACCCCAAACUAACACUCGGGCCCAAUCCGCACCAAACAGACACCCUCUCCAACACCAAGGUCACCGGCAUCGACCAAGUCGACAAACUCCAAGACGACACCAACAACCUGGUGGGCAACCAGCUCGGCAACAACGGCCUCCUAAGACCCGUCGGCCAGUUCUCCUCCAAAGAAGGCAUCAACCGCGCCGAGCGCAACGGGAAGGAUGAAUCGGGCUCCUAUGGCGGUCCGGCCUCUGGAGCGUUGGAAAAGAGCAAGGAGGGUGCCGGCAGUGUUGGCUCGGGUCUUGCCUCGGGGGCCGAGUCCGUGUCUAAUGCCACGAUAGGCAAUAUCCCUGGCGUAAAGGGGAUGAUGGGUGGUGGUGAGAAGAAGUGA